AUGUUUCUCGUUCCCAUUGUGCCCCUCCAACGGAUACCUCUACACGAUUUUGGGAGGGAGAGUGAGCUGCGCAGUUGCUGCUGCUGCUGUCUACUGCUACUCUGCUGCUUAUCGUGCGCCGCUUCUUCUUCCCCUGCUUCUUUCAAGAGGAAGCAGCGGAGGUUGGACGUGACGAGGCGCCUCAGUCGGAUUAACAAGCCAGCUGUCAAAACAAUCAAGAGCCCAGAUGGAGAUAUCAUAGACUGUGUCCACAUCUCUCGUCAACCUGCCUUUGAUCACCCUUUCCUCAAAAACCACACAAUUCAGGUACUCAUGAGGCCUUCAUUUCACCCUGAAGGCCUCUAUGCUGAGUCCAAAUCAUCAGCAGAAUCAAAACCUAACAAAAUCUCUCAAAUGUGGCAUCUUAAUGGCAAAUGCCCCGAAGACACAAUUCCUGUUAGAAGAACCAAGAGAGAGGAUUUGCUUAGAGCCAGUUCUACCAAGAGAUUUGGAAAGAAGAAGCACAGAACAAUCCCGCAACCUCAGUCUACUGAGCCUGAACUUUUCAAUGUGAAUGGUCAUCAGCAUGCGAUUGCUUAUGUAGAGGGAGACAAGUACUAUGGAGCAAAGGCAACCAUAAAUGUAUGGGAGCCAAAGAUUCAGCAGCCAAAUGAGUUCAGCCUUUCUCAGUUGUGGAUUCUUGGGGGAUCCUUCGGCCAGGACCUUAACAGCAUUGAAGCUGGUUGGCAGGUCAGUCCAGAUCUCUAUGGAGAUAAUCAUACAAGGCUAUUCACUUAUUGGACAAGCGAUGCUUAUCAAGCCACAGGAUGCUACAACCUCUUGUGCUCAGGGUUCAUUCAAAUCAACAACGAGAUAGCAAUGGGAGCCAGCAUCUUCCCCAUCUCGGGCUACGGUGGCUCCCAGUAUGAUAUCAGCAUUCUUGUUUGGAAGGAUCCAAGGGAGGGUAACUGGUGGAUGCAAUUUGGGAAUGACUACGUGCUGGGCUACUGGCCUUCAUUCUUGUUCUCAUAUUUAGCUGAUAGCGCAUCAAUGAUAGAAUGGGGAGGUGAAGUUGUGAACUCAGAAGCAGAUGGGGAGCACACUUCAACUCAGAUGGGCAGUGGGCAUUUUCCAGAUGAAGGAUUUGGCAAAGCAAGCUACUUUAGAAACAUCCAAAUCGUCGACGGAUCGAACAAGUUGAGGGCUCCAAAUGGGGUUAGCACCUUCACCGAGCAAUCCAAUUGCUAUGAUGUGCAGAAUGGAAACAAUGGCGAUUGGGGGAAUUACUUCUACUUUGGUGGUCCUGGCAAGAACCCUAAUUGCCCAUAAAAAAACACACAUUCUCUUUUUUUUUUUUUUUUACUUGUGAAUUGUUCUCUGUCUUGGAGAUUUUUUUUUAAACUAAUUUUCUUCUUUGCUUAUGUACUUGCUCUUGUCCCCAUAAGAGGUUGGAGAGAGAGUAGUAGUUUUGUGUUAGUGUCACCUAUGUAAUCGGUUACCUGUGUAAUUGUGCUCCUUUCUUUGGAGUGAUAUAUAUUUGUUUGUUCAGUUCUCUAAGUAGGUGAAUGAGAUUCAUGUAUCUUGGGAAUA